AUGGUUAGUACUAAGCUAGAUUUAUAAUUUGUAUAGAAAAUCAAGAUAGAUUUGGAUCCUAGCAUCGAAGUUUAAUCAUCUUAAAAUGUCUUCUUAUUGAGGAUGAAGUCUGGAAAUGACUAAUUAGGUGCCUUUUUUGUGAUUGCUUUUGGACUAAAUAACUAUGCAGCUUAUUAAAUGGAGAUCAUGUAGAAUGAAUUCAAGACUUCACUCUUAGUUAGCAAGAGCUACCAGCUCAUUCAGCCUGCUGAUCAGAGAGGUGUAAUGACGGUUGCCAGAUUUUACGGUCAUAAUGUAUACUAAGCUCCUAACUCAAGACUCAUUGAAUACGAAUUUGAGUUUUUGCUCGGAACUGCUUCUUAGCAAAGAGUGACAAAACUAAGAUUUAAUUUAGUCUCUGACCCUUCCUUAAACUUUGGCUUAGAUCCAUAGAAGCUUGAGUUUUAAGCCAGUGAGUAUGAGUAUUUUGAGCCUGAGAAAGGAAUUAGAUCUAGAAUAUCAAGCUUUUUCAGCAAAAUAGUCAGUAGCCAGUAAGAACAAGAAAUACAAUAGAUAGUUAAGGAUAUUCUUGUUACUGAAUACCUAAUUUUCAUAAUAACAAGCAAAGAAAUCAUAACAAUAGGCAAAGAGUCUGGAAAGAGAUUCCAAGAGGAGGACUAUGUAAAGUUAAUUAGACAGUAUGAUGAGUAUGAGAACUCUAAAAUCAAUAAUUUAUCAUUCAGAGAGAUUAAGAGUUUGCAAUUCGUGGCUGCAGAUUGCACCAUUACUUCUGACUAAAGAGUAUACCUAAACUUGUUUGUUGAGAAGAGACAAGUAGUAUAGUAUACUACUAGCUACUAAUACAUUCCUUAGACUCAUCUAAUUCAAAUUACUUAAUGCUUUGCAGUUAGUGAAUCACAGGUAGUGAGAGACAGAGAUGAUGUUUACUAAUAGAUAGACUUAUCAAAUCAUUCUAACGGAGGUUAAAUAUCUAGAGGUUUUUCUUGUUCAGUUCCAUCUGGUAUCGACAAUAGAAUUCUAGUUUUCCUAGAAUUUGAAAACACUAAAUCUCUAGUCGUUGAGCUCUCUUCCAAUGAAAAACUUAAUAAUCAGAGUGUAUUUCCAGAAAAAAGACUUGUUGGCUACAAUGUAGAUGUUAGAGAUAUCUUGAAAAAUUAUUAAGAAGUGAAGGUCAUAACUUCAAGAAACGUAGUUAUGUUUGAGAUAGAUGCUAAAUCUUAUGAAGACUUCUCAAAUCUGAAAUAUAUAAGCUUAAAGGAUAGUCAGCAGUAGCCACUACUUAAUGAAUAAAAAUUCUAGAAGGAAGGUCCGAGAAUUAGCAUUGCUAGCUAGGAGGAUUUAAAGAAGCUAUGCUAUGGUGUUCUCGAUAAAAUUGCAAAUAUUGAGCUUAAUCAAAGAUAGGUAGAAGAAAGAGAGUAAAAGCUUUCAGCAGUGAGAGAUGAAAUAAAUGAUGUAUUAUAAUAAGUCUCAGAAAAUGAUUUCAAAAUUGCAUUCAGUUAGAUACUAUAAGAAUCUAUAGAUUAAAGAAUAAAUGACCAGCACUUUAAUGUCAACUAGCCAUCACAAGAGGAUUUGAUACUCCACACUCUCAAUAAUUCUUUAAUCUAGGCAAGUCUGAAGAUGAAGCAAAACAAAUUGAAAGUCUUAAAUACCUUCUACAGCUAGUUGAUAUUAUUACUAAGAGAAUUAGAUGCUCCGCUUCGUCCCUUUGAGCAACUGGAGGAUCAAAUUAACCAAUGUGAGGUAUCCUUAACUACUGCCUCUUAAUUCAAAAAAUACUGGGAUAGACUGUUAGAAUAAAGAGUACAGAGAUCGAUAACCUAUAAAAAUGAGGAAAUUAGUCUUGAAAUCAGAAUGAUAUUUGCUGCACUGCAACACACCGCUGAAACUCAGUUUGGGCUAUCAUAAGAAAUCAUAAGAUCAAUGAGCACUUCUUCUGAGAAGAUAGUUUUUAGUUCUAUUGGGAAAUUUGAAUAGCUUUUACAAAGCCUUAUAGAUUUAAGCAUUGAUGUUACAAUUCAACACAAGAUUAAAAGAUUGCAACAAGAGAACUAAGAUGAGAUAUUGUUCAAUGGCUCAAAUAUAAUCUACCAUGUGGUCAACAACACUAUCCAAGAAUUAUCAAAUGUGCAAAGAGCAAGCCAAAUGACCUAUCUCUAAUCAGAAGUAUUCUACGAGAAACUAUUCGAUCUUUGCACAGGACUUAGAGGAUCAGUGGUAAAUAAAAACAGACCUUAUUCUGAUCUGCUUAAGAAUCUGAGUUAUCUUUUGCUUGACAUUAUAAGGGAUUUGAAUCCUUUAGCCACCAAUAUUCUGUAAUACUACAGAGACAAGCUAAUUGACUACGUAGAUGAGAGUUCUUAGAAUCCUUAAGAUGCAGUAGAUAUGGCUAUAAAGUAUGAUGGACAAUAAAAGCUAUGUGAACUUAUUUACAGAAGAGACAAGAGCUUCUACCCGCAGCUACUUAAUCAGCUUUAAAGAAGGCCAUAAUAUAUCAGUCAAGCAAUUGCAAUAAUAUAUGAUCUUGAUAAAAAUGCAGUUUACCAAAGCACUAUAAAUCAAGAAUAAGUAUAACACUUCUAAUGUAUCGUAGAGAAAAAUACAUAUGCUGGCUUCAAGCUGUUUGAUAUCUUUGAAGGAUUCUUACCAGCCUAAAAGCCUUUGGUAGAUUUCUUGACUGUCACUAAUAAAAGAAUCCUGGCUCUAUUCUUACUAAGAAAUGGGAAAAAUUUAUAAUCUUAGGAGCUAUUGAAGGAUAUGCUGCCAAGAACUAAAUUCAUAGAUACAUUGAGAGUAUUCUCUAGUCUAUCUAAAGCAAACAUUCAAAUUUUAGAGGGAAACUACUCUGCAGCUAAAGAAAAUCCAGAAUACAAAGAGAAUGAAGCAGUAUUUAUAUAAAGUCAAAGUUAGUACGAGAUUUAUGAAUAAACGAGAAUUGAGGAGUAAAAGUUCAACAUGUCUCCAAUAAUAAACUAAGAUGAUUAGAAUAUUAAGCCAACCAAUGUGGAUUUAUUGUCAAAAGCAAUUAUUAUUGAGUAGAAUAAGAGAGGCAAGAUGGAUAUUGAAUAGUUUGUCACUGUAUUUAAGCUUUUGCAUUCGUCGUUGAUGAUAGGAAGUAUUGAAGACCCAGAUGGAUGCAUAUUACACCUCUGGAAUAAAGUAGUAGAAAGCGAUAAUGAUUAAAUUCAAAAGAUUUAAGGGAUGCUCCCGGUUUCUAAUUACAGUCAGGUGUUUACCGACUUCCAAAUAGAAUGUGAAAUUAAGACCACUAAACUCUACGAAUUAGCAAGAAAAAUAGAAAACUACCCAGAGGAAUUUAGAUCAGAUCUAUAGCUUCACAAGAUAUUAAGAUAGAAGUUGAUGGAGUAUAAUCCAGAAUUAGAAAGAGGGCUUAGCUUUAUAUAUUAGAUUAUUGAUACGGAUAGUCAUUCUCAAAUUUUCAGUAAAAUGGAUGAUAAUUUUAGUAUUGGAAGGACUGCUUAAUCUUAGUCUUUAUUUGGCUCCUAAAUGAUGAUGUGA